GCUCCUGUUGCCCAGCACGGGAUGCGUGUGUGCGCGCGCGUGUCGCUGUGGCGCCGCUGCGGAUUCUGUGCUGUGCGGGCCUCUGUGGCGGAGACGGUAAAGCGUCGGGCAUGGAGUUCGCGUGACGCCUUCGCUUUCAGCUUUGUAAGCUGUCUGAUGCGUGCUACUCCGCUGCUUGGAGCCUGAGUUGCAAUCGGGGAGGGAAAUGGAUUUAAUCUGAGAGACCGGUUGGCGGGGACUAGAACGCACCACGUUUGCAAAGCGCUUUGCACAAGGAGUGCCUGUUUAGCCUGCGGCAUGCACAAAGCACGGGGUUCGAACCCAUGCACCUCAGACGCCAGGAGGUUGUGCAGUUCUUCGUGGGAAGUAGAAGCGGGAGGAUCCGGAGUUAAAGGUCAUUCUUGGCUAUGUAAUAGAGUUCAGUAUAGUGAAUUUCAGGCCGCCUUGGACUACUGAAACUGGGUGGGGAAGGGGCAAGAAAGUGAAGCAUCUCCAAGCUGCCCUCCUUUGAGAAAAGUCCUCCUUUGAGAAAAACCAGUAGCUUUCCCUCAGCAAGAAAAAGCCCUGUUUGCCCUUGGGCUUGCUAUUCCAAGCCUCUACUCUUAACUUGGCUCUGCUGUUCUUAACUCACUCCGACCCGUUUCACAGGGAGCCCUGGAGGCUGAGUCUGGCAGGCCCAGCACACCCACUGGGCAGCGUGAAGACCCGGGUGGCAUUGGCCGGGCGGAGGAAUGCAGGCUCUCCACCUUCAGCACCGCAGCCCCAGCAGCUACAGGGUCAAGGCCAGGGCGUCCUAUGUCGACGAGACACUUUUUGGCAGCCCGACAGGAACCCGGCCCUCUCUACCGGACUUUGACCCACCCUGGGUGCAGAGUUGUAAUAGAUCCAGAGGGGCGGACCCAGGACCCCCAAAGGUCUCUCUGGUCAAGAGAGACUGUGAGUCCCCCUCUUCCAGGGGCAGCACCACCCCAAACCUCACACCAAGGAAGAAAAACAAAUACAGGUUGAUUGGUCACACCCCGUCCUACUGCGAUGAGUCACUGUUCGGCGUCAGCAAGGCGGGGUCUCGGACGGCUAUGGAGGAUGCUGCCAAGCUCCGGACCCUUUUCUGGACCCCACCAGCCACCCCUAGGGGCAGCCACUCACCCCGCCCCAGGGAGACACCAGUGCGAGCCAUUCACCCAGCCGGACCCUCAGGGACAGAGCCCAGAGUGGCCACAGGCUCCCAGAAGCUGUCCCAGGAUGGGGUGGUUGUUCCCCGCUCUCUGGGACAGAGGCGUUCCCAUUCACUCACCCACCUAACUGUCCCCAGCAUGGGUCCUCCAGCUUCCAGUGCCCCCCAGACCAAUGGGCCUUGGAGUCCCCAGCCUUACACAUUAGGGGCGACUGUCCAGAGUCCCCUGGUCAUGCCUAAAACAUGCUCAGGUAGUGUUUCAGGGCCAGCUACCCCUCGGCGAGGGGCCUGUCCCCGCAAACCAAAGCCUCCUUGGAAAUGAGAUUCUCACCAGGUAAGCCUUUGGCUCAAAGCCAGGACUCACACUCAGGUGGGGUCCUCUGGAGACAGUGGUCCCCAGAGCAUCCAAAUGCUGGGGAAGCCUCCGUGGGGCUCCAUGGUGAGGAUGGGCCAUAUUUUCCUUAGUUCCCACAAACUCAGGAUGUCCCCAGACUUCUCUGCAGGGUAUUUGGGGUCCUCGAGAUGUCUCUCUAGCCAUGUCUCAGUCACCUUUCGCAUCAGUGCCAAGCUCCACCCAGCUCCCUGUGAAGGAUUCUACAGUUUCUACAGGGGUCUGGAGGCCUUAAGGGAGUGUCCUGGGCUGUGUAUGGACCCCAGGGGUAGAACAUGGGGAGAUGUUAUUUUAAUAUUCAUGUAUUUAUUCCACGUAUUAAAUGUAUUUGGAUUACCAAAA